CGGGUUUACCGUCUAAAAUACGCAGUGGAUGGAUGAAAAAAAGAAGGUGUCAACGAGAGUAAAGUGUGCUUUGUGGUAGCACAAUUUGAUCAAUUUUGCGAAGAGUUACAGUUUGGCGAUCAUGGCUUCUCACUCCACCUCACUCUCUCUCUUCCUCGUCUUCAACCUUGCUUCACUUCUCGUUUCUGCGGAUCUCGUCUUCGAAGAAGGUUACUCGGUGACUACAGUACUCGACGGCAACAAGCUAAGGAUAAACCCUCACUCAGUCCUCCCUCGACCUGGAUCGUCCGAUCUCAUCGUCCUCGAUUCAUCAGGAAGUGCUUUUUACACCGUAUCAUUUCCCUCGUCACAAGAGAGUGUGAUCAAACGGAUUGCUGGUAAUGGCAAGGGGGUUUUGGAUGGUGAUACGGGCUCUGCCAGGUUCAACAAGCCAAAAAGUUUUGCUGUUGAUCUGAAAGGGAAUGUUUAUGUUGCUGAGAAGAACAAUCAUACUGUGCGAAAGAUCAGCAAUUCAGGUGUGACCACAAUUGCUGGGAGUUAUUCAGAAAAGCCAGGCCAUGUGGAUGGACCUGGACAAAAUGCAACAUUUUCAGAUGAUUUUGAGCUGACUUUUGUUCCUGAAAGAUGCGCGUUGAUGUUAUCUGAUCACGGUAAUAAAUUGGUACGCCAAAUUAAUCUGAAGUUGGAGGAUUGUGCUAAAGGUUCUCAAUCUGGAAUGGGCGGGGCUUGGCUUGCUUGGACUCUGUGUCUGGGAGCUUCUUGUUUACUUGGCUUAGUUAUUGGGUUUGCAAUUCGUCCUUAUGUAAUCCCUCAUGAAGGCUCCAGCGCCGUUUCUCUCAGCAAGACAUGGAGGCAUUGCCUAAUCGGUCUGGAGAGGGAAAUACUGAUGUUCUGCUUCGGCAUCAGAAGCGUAGUUGUUAGCUCGAAAUUGUACAACCUUUUAAGGAGGCUCAUUAUGCUGAGCUUAUCUCAUCUCUAUCUCAUGUUUAGGAUCAAUGUAGUAGAACCCCAAACUCCACGUGAGGAAACUGUAUCCUUGCUAGAUACUGAUCAAUUGAGCUGCAGUGAGAUUCCGAAGUUGCAGAAUUUUCCUGACCAAUUAAAGGAUUUGAUGUGUCUGGAUGGAGGCCUGGAACUGUCAGACAUUACUAAAAAAACAUUCGAGCAAGGAGAUGCGGAUGAAGAUAGGACAGACGUGCUAUCCGACAGCCGUGGAAGGAUAGAUAAUAUGAUCCAAGCUAACAUCACGUGUUUUGCAGGGCAGUCUAAGAAAACAACUCCUGUAGAGGAGUAUUUGGUUAGCAGUUCAGGUCUAGUUAAGAGGAGAUGAAAGUAUUUAUGUAGGCCCUUUCCAUGAAACAUUUCCUUUUCUACUUCGUUUAAGCGUCGUAAAUGUUUAAACAUUGCUACCACUGCAACUGACAUGAAGGGUUGAAUGCUUACAUUGUGUCUCUCCUUUUGAUUU